CCCAGCCUGAGAGGGGUAUAAAGGGAAGGUGAGGAGGAAGCUGUAAUAUCAGAGAAUUUGGGGAAAGCCUUACCUCUCUGUGUCCUGUGUAUCACCAUGAACCGUUGGCUCCUCCUCCUCUCGAUUCUUUUGGCUGUUGAAAAUGCUCUGGGAUGCCCACCUAUUGUAUCCCGCGCCCAGUGGGGUGCUAGGAGGUCCACAUGCAAGACAAAGUUGAAACUUCCUGUACCGGGCGUAAUCAUCCACCACAGCGCCGGAGCUACCUGUAGCAACCGAAAGUCAUGCACCUCCCAAGUGAAGGGCAUACAGAACCUUCACAUGAACACCAACAAAUGGUGUGACGUCGGAUAUCACUUCCUCAUUACAGAGGACGGAGCAAUAUAUGAAGGUAUGGGUUGGAAAACUCACGGCUCCCAUGCAAGAAAUUUUAACAGUAACCUUGGCAUCUGCUUUGUGGGAACCUUUACGAAUCGUGUCCCUAAAAUUGCCGCCCUGAAUGCUGCAAAAAAUCUUAUCAAGUGUGGGGUGGACAAAAAGUUAAUCAGAAGCGAUUAUAGACUGCGGGGUCACCGAAACGUGAAUCCAACUUCCUGUCCCGGAAACGGCCUCUACAACGUCAUUAAAGGAUGGCCUCGCUUCAAAGCUUGAGAUGGAUCUCCAGUGUUCUCUGCGCUUAUUGUAGAUCCCAACAGGAAAUUUAGCCAAAUGCAUUUAACAAAGCUUUUAGCGUGGAAGUAGCAGCCAAGAUCACACUCGUCAUACCUGCAUGGACUUGUGUGUCCUUAAAGUGGAUGUAACCCCCCCCCUCAUCCUUUCUAAUCUCCUGCCAUAGUGCUGAUCUAUAAGGAUAUAGAUG